AUGGCUUUGCUUCAAUACCCACCAGGCACCGUGAACCCACCCCACACCCAUCCUCGUGGAACCGAGCUCCUGUUUAUCAUCGAGGGAACUCUCGAAGUUGGAUUGGUCGAUACCACCAACAAGUUGUUCACGAAUGUGUUGUACAAGGGCGAUAUAUUUGCUUUCCCCAAAGGUCUCGUUCACUUCCAGAUCAACAACGACAAGUACCAGACGGUGACAGCUCUGGCCGCAUUCAGCAGCUCCAACGCUGGCCUUGUCCGCUUACCUAACACUUUGUUUAACAGCAGCGCACCCAUCUCUGACGAGGUGCUCGAGAUCUCCUUCGGUGUAUCAGGCGAUGUAGUGAAGGCAUUGAGAGCCCAGUUCGCUUGA